GGCCUCGGCUGGUCACACUGUCAUUCAAGCAAGAAGCAGCACGCGCCGCAGAAAUUUGCCAAUAAUUUUCGCACCUCCCUCGAAAGCGUCGCAAGAGGAGGCGUCGUGAGAUGGCAAUGGCAACGGGAGCAGGAUCUGGAGCAGGAGCGGGAGCUGGUGCGUCCGUGGAGCAGCUGGUCGCCCAAACACUGCAGGCGGCCACCAAUCCGAGCCACGAGAUCGUCCAAAAAGCGGAGGCGCAGCUGCGCGAGUGGGAGCAGCAGCCGGGCUUCUUUCCCACGAUCGCCCGGCUAAGCAUGCGGCGGAGCGGGGGCGGCGAUGGCCAGUCCUCCACGGAGGACUCGGAGGUGAAGGUGCGCUGGAUGGCGGCAGUAUACCUCAAGAACGGCGUGGAGCGCUACUGGCGGCCCAAUUCGCGCCAGGAGCUGCCAGCCGAGCAGAAGCAGCAGAUCCGGGAGGUCCUGCUGCGCCACUACGACGCAGAGGAGGUGCCCCAGGUGGCCCUGCAGAUAGCCGUCCUCCUGGGCCGGCUGGCACGCACGGACUACCCGCGAUUCUGGCCGGAGCUGCUGCCCACGCUGAUGAAGCAGCUGCAGGCCUGCAGCGCGGAUGGGGAGUCGGCCCUGCAGCAGCGCAUCCUGAUUGUCCUGCACUACGUGCUAAAGGCACUGGCAUCCCGGCGACUGAUGGCCGAGCAGAGGGCCUUCGAGGAGCUGGGCUCACAGAUCUUCGCCUAUUUGGCCUGGGACAUCUGGGCUCCGCUGACCGACCGCUUUCUGCAACUUGUUCGCAAGGAGGAAGCACUGGCCCUCAAUGCCCUGCAGCGUGCCUAUGUGGUGAUGAGAUCUCUGCGCAAACUGGUGGUCUACGGCUGCGCCAAGCCGUACAAGUCCACGGACCAUAUGAACUUCGUGGAGCAGCUGUUCCAGCGGCUUCGCCAGUGCCUCGAAUUGCGCUACGAACUGAGGCUGGGGUCGGCCACGCCCGGAACCGCCACGAUACUCACCGAACUGGAGCGCUUUGUGAUCAAGAUGAUGAAGACCCUCAAUGAACUGAUGGAGCGGCACUCGGUCUCCUUUGCGAGGUUCGUUCCGGUGGCCCUGGAGUUCAGCUUCCACUAUGUGUUCCACGAGGGCACCGCCCUCAUCUUCGACGCCGGCGAUCGCAUCAACUUCAGCAACUUUGCCAUUCAAGCACUGAACAUGCUGAAGGGGAUUAUGCUGAGCGGCAACGAUAGCAUCAGUGCUCCUCCCGAGGGAGGAGCGUCCAUAGAGGACGAACUGCUGGCCAAUGCUGCCCAGAGCCACGCCAAGUUCUUCACUGCGGAGAGAAUCACGUACAUCUGCGAGAAGAUCGUGACGCACUACUUCCUGCUUACGCAGCAGGAGCUGGAGGAGUGGCAGCAGGACCCGGAGGGCUAUGACCAGGACGACGGCGGUGGCGAUGCCUGGAAGUAUGCUCUGAGGCCCAGUGUGGAGACCCUCUACUUCACCUGCUUCACGCAGCACUCGCAAGUGAUGAUCCAGGAGGUGCUCCGUUUUGUUAGACGCGCCCAGCAGCUGCAGCUCACCCCGGAAUCCGAUCUGAAGGCCAUCCUGCUGAAGGACGCCAUCUACAAUGCCGUGGGCCAGGCCGCCUUCCACUUCUUCAACAAGCUCGACUUUGGGGCCUGGCUCACAUCGCAGCUCCUGGCAGAACUGCGUGUGGAGGCGCCCAACUUCCGUAUCCUGCGUCGACGCAUCAUCUGGCUGGUGGGCCACUGGGUGGGCGUGCAGCUGCCCCGGGAACUGCGUCCCCUGGCCUACGAGGCCUGCCUGCACCUCCUCCGUCCGCAGGAGGACAUGCCCACGAGGCUGGCGGCGGCCAGGACCCUGAAUCUGCUGAUCGACGACUUCGAGUUCAUGCCGGAGGCCUUUCACCCCUACUUCCCGUCCCUCUUCGAGGCCCUCUUCCUGCUGCUCCACGAGGCCGGCGAGUGCGACACCAAGAUCGUGGUGCUGGGCACGAUGACGCUGCUUGUGGAGAAGAUGAGCGAGUACAUCGAGCCGCAGGCGCUGCAGUUCAUCGCGUAUUUGCCGCUCCUGUGGCGCGAGAGCGAGGAGUACGAAAUGCUGCGCUGCGCCAUUAUCGGCACCUUGGAACAGCUGGUCCGAACGAUCCGUGAUGUGCCAGAGCCCAUGAAGCCCUUCCUCUACAGCGUCAUCGAGUUGAGCACUGACCUCCAGCAACACUCACAUGUCUACCUCAUCGAGGACGGGAUUAUGCUCUGGCUGGCGGUGAUCGGGAACUCGUCUGCGCUGACGCCGGAGCUACUGGCGCUGUGCGAUCACCUGCUGCCCAUCAUCGAGAUGUCGUCGGAGAACCUGCGCACCGUGCUGCAACUGAUCCACGCCUACAUCCUGCUGGACGCUCAGGCCUACCUUAGCCGCUACGGCGAGGGAUUCGUGGCCUACUGUGUGCGCUCCUUCGAGGACAUCCGCGUGGAGGGCAUCAUCGCCAUGCUGCGCAUCUUCGAGACGUGCCUGAAGACGGACGCGACGAUGGGACUGCGGCUGGUGCGCCCGGCACUGCCCUUCGUCUUCCAGCAGGUGUGCCUCAAGCAGGAGUUUCCCAUGACCAUGGGAUGGUACCUCACCAUCGUGGCCCGCACCCUGCUCAUCGAUCAGUCUGUCUUUAUGUCGGUGGUGCAGCAGCUGCCCCAGGCGGACGCCCUGGCCCGCAUCCUGGACGUGUGGAUCGAGAUGUUCCCAAUGGUCCCCGACACGCACGCCGAGAAGCGCAAGCUCUUCUGCCUGGCCUUUGCCUCGAUCUUCGGCAGCAACGAGCUGCUGCUGGCCCGCCUGCCGCACAUCCUGCAGCUGGUGGACGAGACCCUGGGCGAGGUGAUGGACAAGCAGUACGCCGCCGCCGAGGAGGGCGCGUCCAAGACCACGCCCCGCUUCUACGACUCGUUGGUCAUCCACGACGAGCACGAACUGGACGAACUGCAGCAGCAGCUGGGCAGUGGCGGCGGUGCCAGCGAGGACUUUCACGCCAAGGGCUAUCCGGCCAAGACCUACCACGAAGACCGCCACAGGCAGCUGGUGCUGAAGGACCCCGUCUACAAGAUCCCGCUCACCGAGUAUCUCAAGUGGCAGCUGCAGUCGCUGCAGGCCCAGCUGGGCUCCCAGCGCUAUGAGCAGCUGCUCUGCUCCGUGGUGCCCGAGGUGCUGGAGAGGAUCACCAUGUACAUAGAGCAGACGGUGCCCAAGGCCUGCGUGGUGUGCGCAGGCUCCGGGUCCGGAUCGGGGGCGCCUGCGGACGAGACGCUCGCCGAGCAGGUUGAGUCCGGCUGAUCCCGGACUGCUGUGCUUCAAAAGCUUUCUACGCUAAGUUAUUAAUGUAUUUUGUAUUGAAAUUAUAUAUUUUUAAUUGUUAAAAAGC